AUGUCUAAAGUAGUAGAAGAGGAGCCAACACCAACGCCAACAGGAGCAGGGGAUGAUACCACUGAGAUGCCCCCGGAGAUACACCGUGUGCAGGAUGAGCGGACUCCUGAGGUCAGAGUUCAUGUCAAGGGGAGGCGGAGAUUGAAUGAAGCCUUACUUGAAAAGUUCAUAGGGCCACUUAGAAUGUGUGAUACCUAUGGAGAACUCCAUGAUACAUUGAAUAGGACCAUUAGAGAUUUGGAGGAACUCAAUGCUUUUGAGGAUAUCCGUGCCACAGUUGACCACAUGCCCGGAUCCCCACCGGGCAGCGCUGAUGUCACUUUGGAAGUAGUUGAAAAACAGCGCAACUACGAAGCAGGAGUAGACAUGAAUCGCUUGGGAGAGCCUGGAGCUGGCCUCAGCUCGGUAUCGCUCCGCUACAACAAGGCGUGGCCGGGAUCACAAAUGUUGAAUGCGACUGUCAACAUUCCCAAGCUGAGAGGAGUUGGUAUUACACCCGCCUCGGAAGGUUGGGAACUCGAAGUGGAAGCCUCGAGAGAUACUACAGACCUCCGAGGCUAUUCGAGUUGCAGAGGCAUUGCCACUGGUCUCGCAGCUGUGUUCACAGAUCGGGCCACUGGACGCCACACGUUCACACUUAGUUCUACGUUGAGGGAUCUACUCCCGGAGAUUCAACCGGCUCGACAGGGUGGCGCGGAAGGGGAGAAGAAGACGUCGGCGUCUUAUGCGGUUAGGAGGCUUCCAUUGCGCACUAUGAAAAGUAGUUGUAAAUACGCCUAUACUCGGGAUGAUUUACGAUUCGACGAAGCAGAGGAGGGCAGUAGCCACGCUGUUGGGGGCUCACUACUGCACGCAUACGCUGACCUCACACCAGGGGUGUUUGGUGAUGUGAGCUUCCUUAAGUUGGCGGCUCUGUCGGAGUAUCAUGGGUAUCUGUGGAGGGCUCGGGACUGGACAUGGGAGGCUGGGGUAUCCGGAGGCCUCAUAGUACACCCCCCUACCCAAGCCGGCGUAGCCUCCGUCACACCACUACAGGAUCGGUUUUUCCUCGGCGGUGGAGCGGUUGACCCCAUAUCGGGUUUGCGAGGGUUCCGAUAUCGUUCAGCGGGCCCGGCAGCGCCGAGGGUCGGAGGAGCUCCUGGUGCUGAUCCUACAUACGACUACACCGGUGGGGAUAUGUUGUUGAGCGCACACGUGCAAGGGUCGAUGCCAAUAACAUUCCUCAACAAUCUGAGAACUUCUAGUGAUGAUACUGAGCCUCCCAGUGACUAUGACGACGAAUUCGAUGAUGACCGUGACGGAGGGACGCUUUCAAUCCACAUGAGAGCCUUCGCCUUCGCCCAAGCUGGCUGCCUUGUUGAGAAGCCUCAGCUGAACAGAGAGCGCCUCUUUGGAGAUCUCAAGGAUGGCCUUCGUGCAUCAGCUGGUGUUGGUUUGUCGUUGCCCUUCCUGGGGACGAAUCUCCUGGAGCUGAGCUUUGCAUUCCCUAUGGUUAAGAAGGCAUCGGACGCUGUACAGCGAUUACAGUUGGGGGCGAGAUUAAGAGGCUUGCUACCGACGACCUCUUGGAAUUGA